CAGCCAAUGAAAUGCGUACAAUAAGUGACUUGAGAUUGCGGCAUGGGAAAAGAUACAUGGAAAGCUUGCGCUGACAGUCUAGAGUGGCGGACUGGGCGGUGUUUGCUUUGCACGUGACGCCUCUUUAGCAGUCUGUCUGGCAGAGUGGCUGCGAAUAGCUGAGGUCGACGUGUACUUGUGUAGAGUAUUUUUUCCUCAAACUAAAAGACAACGCACUACUGAACAGAGGCCUAUUGAGGUCCUUGUGCAGAUCUAUUCCACUUCAAUCAAUCUGCUGUUCACUGAGCUUCUUGAAACUUCGUAAAGGGUUGGCCUGUGUACAUGGAUUUGCAGGGGAGCAAUGGCAUUAAAGAGACAGUAAAGUCAAAAUUAAACUUUCAUGAUUCAGAUUGAAGCAAGUGUAUUUGUGGAAAACAAAGGCAACAUUGUGAAGAUUUUACAAUUUUAGAUGUUUACAUUAUUUUCUUUCUCUUUAUUACCUCAUCUUUUUUACUGUAUGUUUUUAAAUUCCAUUAUUUUUUUAAAUUACUCGCAGGCCCCGUUUUCAUAGUAAUUUUCAGACAUAUUGCCAAAACAAAAACAAAAAAGCUUGGUAUCAAAAUUAAGAAACAAAAAAUAUUUUUUCGACUUAAAGACAAUAGUGUCCAUUCCACCUUGUUUUAUUUAUUUUUUAACACCUCGUUUUUAUGUUUUAUUGAAGAACAAAAUAUAUUUGAAACGUCAUCUUUUCAUCGGCAGCUUCUUUUUGUACUUUAUAUUUUCUACACACAAUGCGUGCACUAAUACAGUUCACUAAAAGAUAUCCAUGGGCGACCAACGUGACCAUUUAUGGCUCACUCUUUGCUUCUGCUGAUAUUGUGCAACAGAAACUCACAAAGGGAUCCGACGAGCCUAUUGAUUUUAAACAGACUGCUAAAGUAGGAAUUGUUGGGUUCUGCUUUCACGCCAACUUCAACUUCUUCUGGCUCCGGUUCAUAGAAAGAACCUUCCCAGGAUCCGCUGCUAAGAAUGUAAUCAAAAAGGUGGCGUGUGAUCAAUUGAUGGCUGCUCCAAUCACAAUCAGUGCUUUUUACACAGGUUUAAGUCUACUGGAUGGAGAUGAAGACAUCUUUAAGAACCUUAAAGAGAAAUUUUGGCCAACAUACAAGACUGGAGUUGUAUGUUGGACAGUCUUUCAGACCAUAAAUUUCAGCUUGAUCCCACCAUUCGUCAGAACGGCCUAUAUUGGGGCAUGCGCCUUUUUGUGGACUACAUUCCUUUGCUAUAUUCGCAAUAGAGACAUUGAUCAAGUGUCAGCAACACUGUUUCAAUCACUAUCGAGUAUAACUGGUAAUAUUGCUUCUCAAAAGGAAGAUGACAAUGCGAGACCACCAGCCAAAUAAUCCAGCAGAGGAUUACUACGUUUAUCACUGGAAAUAAACUGAAUUCUGAAACUUUAUUUGGGAACAUAUAUAUAUUUUUUGUGUGUGUUUUUCUGGGUUGUUUUGUUUUUCUAAGAUUCUGAAUGUAUAAGACAACCAGUUGUGGGUAUGGUGCUGAUUAAAUAUGAUGAAUGUAAAACAUUGUUGGAAACAAUAAAAUUUAUUUUUUAAAAUGAA